AUAAAAAUCACAUGACGUGGUCCAUUAAUUAACUCAAUUUAAACAGAAGAAGGAAACUAAUGUGAUUAAUUUUUUGAAAACUAUAAUUUAACCUGGCUUCAUUCCACUUCUAGUUUUAGUUUUAUCGGAUGUUCGACAGAGACAGAGAGGAAACGUAAAAAAAAAAAAGGGACUUCGACUACACUGACACUAGGCCUAAUACCGUAAUAGAAAUAGUGAUCAGUGAUAUAGUAAUUAAAGUUAUAGUAUAGCCAUUUCGUAUUAGAUACGUUUGUUCAAAAACUGUCUCCUUUGUGAAUUCGUGUCUAAAGUGUCCAGUAAGAAUGCAUUUUAAAAGUUUCUUCCACUUCCUUCAUUCUCAGUGCAUAUUUAAAUUUAAAGUGGAAUAUAAUAAUUAAUAAUGAAAAUGAAAAGUCAAUACUUUAGUAUAGUAUAGGCCUAUAUGAAUGUUAUGUUAAAGUAAAAGUAUUUAAAUAGUAUUUGGUUAUAUUUAUAUAGGCCUACUUAUAAAAAAUAAAUAUUUAUUAUAAAAUGUGUUUCUAAUCAAUAUUAUAAAUACUCUUUAAUAACAAUGACAUUAUUAUGAAAUGCGAUACCACUUUUGGCAUUUAGUUUUCUAAAAUUCUAUGAAGAUAAAAUUUUACUGGUGUGCCGUAUAACUUUAUUUUCUCUUUCUGUUUUAAAUCAAUGAAAAUGUUAAUACUUUUACUUUUAUCUACUAAUAAUUGUGACAUUUUUUAAAAUUAUGUCUAAUACAUACAAUGACAUAAGAAAUUAUAGAAAUAGUCAACUUUUUAAAUAAUACUAAUACUAAUACUAAUACUAAUACAUUUACAUAUGAUUAUGUAUGAUACACAUUUUACACUUACACGAGUCAAAGCUAGUCACCUCUCACAGUUAAGACUAAGACACUUUUGAGUCACUUUGACUCUAACCUAGAGUAGGCCUCUAAGUCUAAGACUAACACUAUGACUAGGUUGUUUUUUUAAUUGGAACCCUUUUACCUAGUUAUAACUAAAACAACUUCAUUUGGGAUUUAAACAUUGAAGGUCAGAUAUGGGAUAUGAGAUUAAAAUCUUGACAGGCCCUAUACAAUAUAGGCCUAUAAGUAUAAGUAAAUCAAAGCAAUGCUAUGUAACAAAUAUUAAACUUUAAUGCCUUUAUGCCUUAUAUCUUAACUGUCAACAUGUGUAAUACAUGUUUGUUUUUUUGUGGAUUAUGUUUAUGGUGGUUGAAUUAGCAUAUUUAAUAUAUAAAAUCUUUUUCUGGCCAGAUUUUCUGUUUUUAAAUUUACCCCCCCCCCUUUUCAAUGUAUAUAACUUAAAAACCUUUCCACACCACUGAGAAUGAUAUCUUGAGAACCUUCACUGAGUAAAUAAUGAGGAUAUAAAGUAAAAAUUGUUUGCCCAAAACAUUUUGUUGAAUUGUUCAAUAUUUUUUAUUAUUAACUCUCUAUUAAUUGAUGGUACCAAAAUAUAAUUUACAAUAAAUUGUGAGUAAAGUUCAUAAUCAAAGAGGAUUUUAAAAAUGAAAUUUACUUUCAGUGUCAAUCGUAUGAUUUUGAAAUUAAAUAAUUACACUAUUAGAACAAAAUAUAUAUUCAAAAUGUCAUACUGAUACUUUACAUUUAAAGUCACUGUUAAAAACACAACUUUCCUUAAACAAAAUAAAUUAUUCAAUGAUUAAAUAUGUUGUUUUUAAAAAUUUUGCUUUAAAAUGUAUCUAUUCUAAUUCCAAAUUUAUACAUUUAGGCAAUGACAAGACUAUGGAUAUUCUGUGCUGCUCUGUGGUGUGUUGGUCAUUGUCUUGAGUGUUUGGAUCCCAAUGGCAAAACAGUUGACUGGUACGUAGAAUCAUGUAAAUCAAUGCAUUUUUUUUCCUUUAAAACAAAAAUUAAAAAAUGUAAUGAAAGUUUUUGUUCUUGGAACAAAAAUGCUUCAGUUUUUUUAAAGAUUAGAUAAUAGAUGCAUUAUUGAUAAUCUUGUCUAUCUAAACUGAGAGAGGGAUAAAAGGAUAAGAGGGGGGGGGGUCCACCGGGGGGGGGGGGGGGGUGUUGUCCAUAUUGUUUUGUUCUGGUUUUUAAUUUUCCCUAUGGUUCAAAUUGGUUUUAAUGUAUGAGGCAACGUUCUUGUCACUUAUGAUAGACACAAAUUACGGAUCCAAGAAAUUAUGUACUUUGGUUUAAAACAUAUUAAAUAUGCACAUUGAUUGGUUUAAAACAUAUUAAAUAUGCACAUUGAUUGGUUUAAAACAUAUUAAAUAUGCACAUUGAUUGGUUUAAAACAUAUUAAAUAUGCACAUUGAUUGGUUUAAAACAUAUUAAAUAUGCACAUUGAUGACCAUUUUAGAAAUCUUCUUUGGUUUUUAUUCACAUCUAAUAUUUUUAUUUGGGUUAAAGAUGACUUUCUAAUAUCAAAAAUAUUUUUGAUAAUGUGUAAAAGCAGGCUUCUCAAACUCAUUGCCUAUGGAACUCAUGUGGCUCUCCAAGCUUUCUUCUUCAAAGUGAUUUAUGUUACCUGUUGUAAUAAAAAAAAUAUACCCAAUAACGAUGUAUACAAGUGUUUAGCUCCCCUGAGGCAAUGAAAUUACCCUGAUGCUUUCCUUUUCCAUAGUUUGAGCUUGAGACCCCUGCUUUUGUAAUUAAUGAAGUGGAAUUUUCCUUUCAAAAAGUAUUUUAAAAGAUGUUUUAACUUUGAUCUAUUAAUUGAUAAAGAUAGGAACAGUGAACAUAUUAUAUAACAUGAAAAGGGGGGGGGGGUGGUUAUGAUUUUGUCAUAACUUAUAUUGUGUUAUAUGGGGUGGAGGUGGUAGAGGGCAAUGUUAUAUAACAAUUCAUUUUGUAAUUUGUGAAUUCGUAUUUUUAUACCUUAAAUCUUGAACAGUUAAUUUUUUAAAAAGUAAUUUUGCGAAAUUUUAAUAGUAUGUUGUUAAUUCUAGUCUUGAUACAGUUUUCCUGAAGUUUUGAAGGACUAUGUAUAAUAACAGUAGCAGUUACAGUUCUUAAAUAAAAUGCUGAAAAUAAAAUUUUGGUAGUACCAGUGUGUGGGUGGGGUGUGUGUUUGUAUUAGAAAUAUUAUAUAAUAUCAAGGGGGGUGGGGUGGAAAUGUUAUAUAGUAUUAUUAUUAUUAUUAUUAUUAAGGGUUGGGUAAAAAAAUAAAGUCCUAUUUUUGUGUUAUAUAAUAUGUGCACUGGCACUUAACUAUCGGGCAAAUUUUGCAGGUACAUAAUCUAUAAGGCUCCAAGUUUUCCUAAGUCAGACAACUGGAUUUUUAAACAUGGCCUGGCAUAUUAUUACCUAGAUGUUAACAACCAGAAUUUGAUGUUAUCAGCGACUGCCAUCAAUGACUCCAGCUCCCCCAUCACCAACACACUUAUGCAGAUUUACAACUCAAAGGUAGCUGUAAGUUAAUAACAAUAAUGAAAAUAAUACUGUAAUAUUCGAAAAAAUCAAUUUUUCAAGGUGGUCAAAGAUCUUGGGAUUGAACCGUCAUUGUGCUCAAAACUUUUGACAGAUGUUUUAUUUUGGUUUAUUCUUGGCUUUUUGCACCACCUGUAUGACGGUUCCUGGGUGUUGUCACAUAUUUAACUUUUAUAAAAAGUGAAUUAUUUGUCAUUUUGACUUUAAUGCGUGUAUUUGCACCUCUUCUGCUUUAAAAAAAAGACAUUUAAUCAUGACUAAAAUAGACCUCACAUUAUAUAUUCUUCUUCUCUUCUUAGCCGUUCUCACUCUAACCAACACCCUACAUACUAACACAGGCCAUCCACAAUACGUUUCCCCCUGUCCCUGUGUUCGGCGAUCUGUGCCCAACUUUUUCUUCAAUCUCUUGACCUUUGCCUCUAAUCCCCUCUUCCGUGUGGCCUUCUUGGUCUUCCUCUUUUCCCUGCCACCUUGAGGCUUUCAGUUCAGGGCCUGUCUGGUGAUGUCAGUGUUUGGUUUCCUUAAUGUGUGCCCUGUGAAUCUCCAUUUUUCUCUUUUGUGUCUCCGUUUCCACUUGAACACUUGGAGUUCUUUCCCAAAGGACAGUGUUACAAAUUGUGUCAAUCCAUCUUAUUUUGAGGAUAUAUCACCAAUGGGUCCCCCUUUGCAGACAUCAAAGCGAGACAUUGACACAGCACCUCUUUCACUGCUGAUUACUUCGUGACUUAUUCCUUAACUAUCUAUAAAAAAUACCAGACCUAACCAACACCCUACAUACUAACAAACAACAUCUGCGGAGAGUGUGCCGAUUCUUCACCCUUACCAUGGCCAAAAGGGAAUAUUGUUACAUGCUUUUCUUAUAUCAUAUUAUGGGUCCUAUACUGUAUUUGUUAUUCUAAUUUCAGGAUACUAGUCCUAAACUGUACUUAUUAUUCUAAUUUCAGGAUACUUGUCUUAUACUGUACAUAUUAUUCUAAUUUCAGGAUACUAGUCCUAAACUGUACUUAUUAUUCUAAUUUCAGGAUACUAGUCCUAUCCUGUACUUAUUAUUCUAAUUUCAGGAUACUAGUCCUAAACUGUACUUAUUAUUCUAAUUUCAGGAUACUAGUCCUAUCCUGUACUUAUUAUUCUAAUUUCAGGAUACUAGUCAUAUCCUGUACUUAUUAUUCUAAUUUCAGGAUACUAGUCCUAAACUGUACUUAUUAUUCUAAUUUCAGGAUACUAGUCCUAAACUGUACUUAUUAUUCUAAUUUCAGGAUACUAGUCCUAAACUGUACUUAUUAUUCUAAUUUCAGGAUACUUGUCUUAUACUGUACAUAUUAUUCUAAUUUCAGGAUACUAGUCCUAAACUGUACUUAUUAUUCUAAUUUCAGGAUACUAGUCCUAUCCUGUACAUGCUUUACAAUGAUCAGCCGCCUAAAACUCCAGCCAAUAGUGUUACUGGUGGGCACACAAAAGGUAUUAUUGAGUCAAGUAAAGUCACAGUCAUUGAAGAGUUGAUUGGUUUGGAGUGUAAGGCAGAGUGAGGGAACAUUUACAUUGGAGUGUAAGGCAGAGUGAGGGAACAUUUACAUUGGAGUGUAAGGCAGAGUGAGGGAACAUUUACAUUGGAGUGUAAGGCAGAGUGAGGGAACAUUUACAAAGAACAAAAGAGACAGAACAUUUGCACAUAAUAAGGGGAAAAAACACACAAAAAAACAAUAAAAACAUAAGGUGGCAUCUUUCAAAGCAAAUUUUUUUACUUUCAUCAAUUAUAGAUUAUAUAUAGAAACAGUUUGAACACAGCUUUCAUGCUCUCAAUUCCAUUGAACACACCUUUGAUGCUCUCAGUUCCAUUGAACACACCUUUGAUGCUCUCAGUUCCAUUGAACACACCUUUGAUGCUCUCAGUUCCAUUGAACACACCUUUGAUGCUCUCAGUUCCAUUGAACACACAUUUUAUGCUCUCAUUCCAUCGUUUAUAAAGGUGUUAUAGGAUUCGACAAAAGCAAGAGCUCAGGUUUCUGGCUGGUCCAUAGUACGCCCAAGUUCCCACCACAGAAAGCCUCGGGCUACCAUUGGAAUAUCGGAGCAUCAAUCAAUGGCCAGGCUUUUCUGUGUGUCACCUUCCCAUACAAAGAACUGGGUAACAUAGGUAAGAAAAUAUAAUUUUUACCGGCAUCCCGUUCCAAGAUUGUUGCUGGUUUGAAGAGGUUUUUACUUUAGGGUUAGUUAACUCCUAGAAUAGCUACCAUACUGGUGUGUUCAGUGGCGUAGCGAGGGUAUUUGGCGCCCGGGGACAAGAUUCGCGCUCGGGGACAAGAUCCAUUGUAAAGCGCCCCUUUUUCUUUUUUUCAACUCUCAAACCCAUCAUUUUCAUCAAUAAAAUAUUAUCAAAGCACAUCUUGGCGCCCCUAACUAGCUGUUGCCCGGGGACAUCUGUCCCCCACUGCCACCCCCUCACUACGCCUCUGGAUUCUAUUCCUAGGGUUAGUUAACUCCUAGAAUAGCUACCAUACUGGGGCGUGGAUUCCAUUCCUAGGGUUAGUUAACUCCUAGAAUAGCUACCAUACUGGUGUGUAGAUUCCAUUCCUAGGGUUAGUUAACUCCUAGAAUAGCUACCAUACUGGUGUGUAGAUUCCAUUCCUAGGGUUAGUUAACUCCUAGAAUAGCUACCAUACUGGUGUGUAGAUUCCAUUCCUAGGGUUAGUUAACUCCUAGAAUAGCUACCAUACUGGUGUGUAGAUUCCAUUCCUAGGGUUAGUUAACUCCUAGAAUAGCUACCAUACUGGUGUGUAGAUUCCAUUCCUAGGGUUAGUUAACUCCUAGAAUAGCUACCAUACUGGUGUGUAGAUUCCAUUCUUAGGGUUAGUUAACUCCUAGAAUAGCUACCAUACUGGGGUGUAGAUUCCAUUCCUAGGGUUAGUUAACUCCUAGAAUAGCUACCAUACUGGGGUGUAGAUUCCAUUCCAAGUAAAUUUUUAUUAGGAAUGAACUAGGACGAGUUCAAAGCCUUCAAUUGCUGGAUGUGGCUGCUGGGUGGCCAAGCUAUCUCAAAGGAGUUAGUCCAAAGCCUUCAAUUGCUGGAUGUGGCUGCUGGGUGGCCAAGCUAUCUCAAAGGAGUUCGUCCAAAGCCUUCAAUUGCUGGAUGUGGCUGCUGGGUGGCCAAGCUAUCUCAAAGGAGUUCGUCCAAAGCCUUCAAUUGCUGGAUGUGGCUGCUGGGUGGCCAAGCUAUCUCAAAGGAGUUCGUCCAAGGCCAAGCUGUCUCCAAGGACUUCGGCCCAAGCCUUCAAUGGCUGGAUGUGGCUGCUGGGUGGCCACGCUAUCUCCAAGGAGUUCGUCCAAAGCCUUCAACUGCUGGAUGUGGCUGCUGGGUGGCCAAGCUAUCUCAAAGGAGUUCGUCCAAAGCCUUCAAUUGCUGGAUGUGGCUGCUGGGUGUGGCUGCUGGGUGUGGCUGCUGGGUGUGGCUGCUGGAUGUGGCUGCUGGGUGGCCAAGCUAUCUCAAAGGAGUUCGUCCAAAAAGCUUGUGACAUGGAGUUCAGUCCCCAUGAAAGCCCAGGCAGGCAAAAAACAUACCCAGUGCCUCGGGUGGAUGGGACUCAUUAACCUUGGAUGGGACGGCAACUCAUCUAAGAGAAGGCAAAUUCUGAAUUUAAACCCGGAGAUGGAGUCCCCUUGGCAGAUAACAUUGACACAAUGAAUAUUCCGGCAACUCCUGGGACGCUCAUGGGGCCAAGCUGUAUCAUCCUGGGACACUCAUGGGGCCAAGCUGUAUCAUCCUGGGACACUCAUGGGGCCAAGCUGUAUCAUCCUGGGACACUCAUGGGGCCAAGUUGUAUCAUCCUGGGACACUCACGGGGCCAAGCUGUAUCAUCCUGACAUCCUGGGACACUCAUGGGGCCAAGCUGUAUCAUCCUGGGACACUCAUGGGACCAAGCUGUAUCAUCCUGGGACACUCAUGGGGCCAAGUUGUAUCAUCCUGGGACACUCAUGGGGCCAAGCUGUAUCAUCCUGGGACACUCAUGGGGCCAAGCUGUAUCAUCCUGGGACACUCAUGGGGCCAACCUGUAUCAUCCACAUAUUAUGUUCACUAGGGUUAUCUACGUGUGAGGAGGGAGACGAUUUGCUGACUAGGGAACCAGAUUAUCCUCCUAAAGAAAAAUCCCAGGCCUUGUGAUUUCGUCCUGCAAAGUCUGCACCAUCGCCACAUUGUGACGGACAAGUCUACACCACCGUCACAUAGUGUCAGACAAGUCUACACCAUCGUCACAUUGUGACGGACAAGUCUACACCAUCGUCACCAUUGUGCAAAAAAAACAACAAAGAACUGGAUGUGAGGCAGACAAUGCUGUUAUUUAAUCACAGGGACACCAAAUAUAUACUUAAAAAUGUCAUUUUAAAAAUUCAGUUACUCAAUAUCCCCAAUUGUCUAAAAGGACAGAUUAAUGACUUAAGAACUUGUUAAUGAAUUCACUCUAGUUGACCUAAUUUAAAUUGAAUGUCUUCAUGUUUGCAUAGAAUAUUUUUCCCUCAUUAUUAAUUUUAACUUAUGUCUUAACAAUCGCUCAGCUGGCCAGCUGUGGUACAACCAAGUGCACAUUUAUGACAAGAAAGUAACGGCAGACUAUCUGGAAGACUUCCCCAUUUUGAACCGGUUAAUAAACAAAACAUCUCCGCCUGGUAAACCUUGGUUCAACGUUACGAAUCUUGCAUCCCAGAAGGGUCAAGUCUUCAGGAGUUUUGCUAAAUCUGGCAAGUUUGGAGCAGGUAUUACAAUUCUGUGGUGAAGACUUCUUUCUAUUAUUUUUUUUAUUUUUCACAUUCCUGUUAUUUUAAUAAUAAACUCUGGUUUACAUUGCUUCAACUAAGCCACUUCGCAUCAACAUCAUCCUCAUUUGGAAAAAAAAAAAAAUCAAAUAUUGAUUAUAUAAUAAAGGAUUAAUUAAAAAUCUAUGAAAUUAAAAAAAAUGUAUUUCUUGUUUUGCCAAAUUGCCUCUGUUACUGAUAUUAUAGUUUUGUACAGUCUGGGUGCAUUUGAUCAAUGGGGGGCAGUUUUAAAGCUAGUCUAUAAUGAAGAAUUUGACAGUCUUCUGUGGCUUAGGACACUAUUCCCUCAUUCACUAUUGUACAGAUCUCUCUGAUGAUUUGAUGAGUCUUAUGUGGUUCAUCUUUCAUUAUUCUAAUUCUACAGAUCUGUAUGAUAGUCUUGUGGCUCCAGAUCUUAAACAAGACCUGUUUGUUGAGACUUGGCUGCGGGCCAAAGGGGAUGAGCUGAAUUCCAGCUGUACGGCCCCGUACAAGGUAUUAUUUUUAAUUGAAUUGGGCCUUUUGCACAAGGCUAGAGAGUGUUUGCAUCAUAACGAGGUGGUAGCCCCGGUACAAGGUAGUAUGUUGAAUUACAUUGGGCCUUUGGCACAAGGCUAGAGAGUGUUUGCAUCAUAACGAGGUGGUAGCCUGGUGUGUAGUGGUUCCCAAAGUGGGCAAUACUGUCACCCUGAGUGCGGUGGAAUCUCCCAAAGUCAUCAGACACAACUAAGCUGUUGCCAUAAAUAUUUGGAGAUUUCUACUCAUUAUAUGACAUUAGCUGGGACAUUAUUCCAAUCUUUCUAAAACCAAAGAAUAAACUCUCCUUUCAGUUUCUGAGCCUGUCGACCAUAGAUGAGAUUAAGGGUGGGGCUUAAAGUGGAGGUACAAGGAGAUAUAGUUGGUGGCGUCACUAAGGUUGGUGGCGUCACUAAGGUUGGUGCUGUCACUAAGGUUGGUGGCGUCACUAAGGUUGGUGCUACCCAGUUCGGUAAACGCAUGGCGCCACCUCCUCUUUAGACUGCCCAAAUGAUUUCACUAAGUCUUCCUGCUCUGGUGACACCCUGCUCUGGUGACACCCUGCUUUGGUGACACCCUGCUCUGGUGACACCCUGCUCUAAUGGCACCCUGCUCUCAUAACACCCUGCUCUCAUAACACCCUGCUCUCAUAACACCCUGCUCUCAUAACACCCUGCUCUCAUGACACCCUGCUCUCAUAACACCCUGCUCUCAUAACACACUGCUCUGGUGACACCCUGCUCUGGUGGUACCCUGCUCUGGUGGCACCCUGCUCUCAUGACACCCGGCUCUGGUGACACCCUGCUCUCAUAACACCCUGCUCUCAUAACACCCUGCUCUCAUAACACCCUGCUCUCAUAACACACUGCUCUGGUGACACACUGCUCUGGUGGUACCCUGCUUUGGUGACACCCUGCUCAGGUGACACCCUGAUCUGGUGGCACCCUGCUCUCAUGACACCUGGCUCUGGUGACACCCUGCUCUGGUGGUACGCUGCUCUCAUGACACCCUGCUCUGGUGACACCUGCUCUGGUGGUACCCUGCUCUCAUGACACCCUGCUCUGGUGUACCCUACUCUCAUUGCUCUGGUAACACCCUGCUCUGGUGUACCCUGCUCUCAUGACACCCUGCUCUGGUGGUACCCUGCUCUCAUGACACCCUGCUCUGGUGACACCCUGCUCUGGUGGUACCCUGCUCUCAUGACACCCUGCUCUCAUGACACCCUGCUCUGGUGGAACCCUGCUCUCAUGACAUCCUGCUCUGGUGAAACCCUGCUCUGGUGACACCCUGCUCUGGUGGUACCCUGCUUUGGUGACACCCUGCUCUGGUGGCACCCUGCUCUCGUAACACCCUGCUCUGGUGACACCCUGCUCUGGUGGCACCCUGCAUUGGUGACGCCCUGCUCUGGUGACAUCCUGCUUUGGUGACACCCUUUUCUGUUUGCAACUUGAUUUAAUGAAAACCUGAUUUAAUGCAAAUUUCUUUAACCUGUUGUGGUGACACAUUUUUCUGGAGAAUACCUGAUACAGUUGCAACCUGUUGUGGUGACACCUUGUUGUGGUGACACCUUGUUCUGGUGAAUACCUGCUACAGUUACAACCUGUUGUGGUGACACCUUGCUCUGGUGAAUACCUGCUACAGUUGCAACCUGUUGUGGUGGCACCUUGCUCUGGUGAAUACCUGUUGUGACACCUUGCUCUGGGGAAUACCUGCUACAGUUGCAAAUUGUUGAGGUAUCUUGCUCUGGUAGCACUCUUAUCAUAUAGUUAACUGAGGUAACUGUUUUGAAACAGACUUGAGCGAAUAUUGUCAAAUUUUCAAUUUUCAACUUGGUGUGUCGUCCUGUGCAGGCAGCAGCCCUUGGUGACGGUACUACUUCAAAUAUCUUGUGACCAAAUGAAUCUGGUACACAAAGUUGGGCCUAAUCAUUUUUAGGAUAAUUUUUCAUUGAUAUUUUAGAGUGGUUGAUAAAUCCAUUUUUAGGUGCAGAUGCAUUCGGUUAUUUUGAUGAAUAGCUAAAUUCAAAGUUGAAGCCAAAGCUUAGGUAAUCACACAUCAGAUUCUUGGCAAUGGACAAAAAUUUCAUGUCAUUAAUAUGCACUGUAGAAAGUAGUCAAGAAGCACUGUCUCGCAAAGAAAUAUAUUCCAUAUGUCUGCAAUGUUUGAUUUAAGAGUGUUAUUAAACCAGACAUUGAAGAAAUGGCAUCACUUUACUUGGCCCACCCAAAGAAUACAGUAAGAAUAAAGCUAAGCUAUGUAGAAGUAAGUUACUAUUACUAAGUGCUUAAUUAUAAUCCUACUUUAUAAUAGCUGCGCAACUAAUGGAUUAAGGUAAUCUAUUACAUGAAUUAAUUUAAUUAAAAAUCUUUUUUAUAUUUUGAUUUAAAGUUCAUUUACAUAAAGUUCCAUGACAUUUAUCAUGUUUUAAUCUUGAAUUGUACGAACUACUGUCCUGAAUAAUAUUUUUGGGGGGUAACAGGGCCGCUAGGGAUGGUUUUAAUGUUGCCAAAGGGGGGCUACCCAAAAAUAGUUUGAGAAAUAUUGGUGUAGUGGGUGGAAUGGACCUUUCCCAGUAAGACGCCCACGGAAUCUGCAUCUGCACACUCCCAAAGCCAAAAAAUGCCAUUCAAUAACAGUGUUUGGUAACCUAUUACUUAAAACUAAAGCCAAUGUGAAGGGAAGCAACUGGAAGUAAAAGGUAGGUAUGAGUUGUUGGACCUGACUCUUGAGAGGUUCAUUUCUGUUGUGGAUAAAAACAAUAAUAAAUUGCAUUUAUUAAUUAGUUCAGACUUUUUCUUUCCGUAAUGCUAUUUUAGCCUAUAAUAAUAUAAUUUAUAUAGCUAAACAAAACUUGUUUCAUUCCUAACAGGUGUACCGAGUGAAAAACAUCACUCUACCGGGGGGAGUAGAGUUCAGUGAGGACAAAGACCAUUCCAAAUGGGCAGUCACCUCUGGCAAUGCUUUCCGAUUAACGUACAGAUCUGAGAAGGUACUUUUGUUCUUAAUAAGCUCAGUGUUUUUAAGUUAGUUUUAAGUUGAAUUUUCUCCAAACAAAGAAGUCAUUAUUUACCCCAGAGCUUCCUCACCUGUGGUGUUCACACCAACAGAAGGUGUGGUCGUGCAACAGGAGGUGUGGUCGUGCAACAGAAGGUGUGGUGGUGCAUUGCCGGUAAAUAAAAGUGAUUGAUAUAAAUGUGUUUAACAUUAACAUUUUACUUUAUGUAACAAGCCGCACAUUAACAUUUUACUCUAUGUAAUGAGCCGCACAUUAGCAUUUUACUCUAUGUAACAAACUGCACUUUUAUUUUCUAAGUUCUCCUUGUAUUUCAGUUUUAAAAAGUUAGAUGUCGAGUAAUAAUUUAUUUUUUUUCAAAUUGUAAAUUACUUUGUUAACUUUCUUGGUGUGUGAGACUUUUUAUUAGUCAAAGAAUUUGUCAGGGUGCGAGACUUAGUCAAACAAUUUUUAGAGGGUGCAAGACUUAGUCGUAGGGGGUUUGGAGUGUAGAAAAGAUUGGGGAAACAGUGAGCCGAGUUUCACAUACCAUGCAGGGUACAGUUAACAUUCAGGAUAUAAUUACCACUCACGAUAUUAGCACCACAUCAGGUAUAUAGCAUAUAAUUUUGUAAGUCCCUCUCGAUGUGUAAUCCCCACUUAGGGCAUAUUAAGUGGCAUCACACCAGGUCCUAGGGCUGAGGUGCAGGCAAUAGCUCUUUGCCACACUUUUGGCUAUCAGACUACUGUAAGAGACACAUUCGUAACAUGAUUUAAAUCUCUAAGACAGACUUAUAAAGGGCGUGAUCAUAUUUAUUGUUGUCAUUGUAUGACCACAAUUAAAAGCAUGUAUAAAGGAAAAUACAAAUUUUUCCAAAUUUCAUUUAAUGAGAAAACUUGUUAUAUUUCUGAUUUACCAUCUGUUCAAACUGUGGUUCAAAACUCAAAAUCACAUCGUAAUUCAGCCCCAAGAUUCACAUACACCCUGAAUGAUCUAUGCUCUUGAGGCACGUCAUUGAAGAUAAGCUAGCUGCCGCAUAAACCCAUACAUCAAGACCAAAGUAUAGGUCCCAGAUUUUGGCUUGGAAGAUAAGCAACCAAAAGAUACCACUGUCACUACCACAGUUAUACAAGAGGUGCAUUUUUUUGAGAGAAUGUUGGAGUCACUAUUUAACAAAUCUGCAUUAUCAGCUUUAAAAUCAUCCUUAUUGAUACCAAGUUUAUGGACGGAUGAUUCUUCCAUAUUUAAAUAGUAGUAGGGAUAUUUUAAAAGCUUAUAUUGAUAUGCCAUGUUAAACAUGUCAAACAUUGGAAUUUCUGUCUAAAAUUUCUGUGAUAAAAAUAAAAGUUUUCUUUUCCAAUUGAAAGGUAACUUCUUCAUAACUUUCCAGAUAACAUCAGUAUUUUGCAAAGUUGUGAAAAUUACUUUUAUUGCAUUUGAUAAAGCUAAUGUUUCGCUUCAUGAAUAGUAUGAACCUGAUCACAGUCGGCUUUACUUUUGAUUGAAUAUUUUGGGGGAGAUAAUUCAAGUGAUCUAUGAUGUCAGAAAGCAAAGGUCGCACAGCAAUUUUUAGCAGUUCACAAAUUUUGGGAAAUCAAGCAGUUGUAACAAUGUUGAAAUUUUCCUCGAUGGUUCUGUAGAAAAUUGCAUGUUGUAAACAGCAUUUUCAAAAUAAUAAUCUUCAGCUUACUUCAAUGACUGCUUAAACUAGUCUUGAAUGAUGGCAAAACUGCAUCAGUUUGAAUAGUUCUGAGUGACUUCGAGAAAUGCAGGCAGAACUUUUUUGUUCAUUUCAUUUUUGUGAAGUGCAAUAAAAUCUGCAUUUUUCCCCAUCAUACGCCUUUGUUAGUGAAUUUCUAUAAAUCAAGUGUUGGGAUAAAAACUGAAAUUGGGGUCAUAAAAAGUUACAUGUCUGUAAUCACUGUAGUGAAACUUCAAAAUCGACAAAAUAAAUUAGUGAAUAUAAAGCUUUGGAUGGGCACAUAUUCAUUGGCUAUCGUAUUUGCAGUGUAAAGACCACACUAGUUGCAACAGCCUAACUGGACAUUAAGUCAUUAAGACAAGUCCUGACAUCCCACAGUCAGUGCAUUACUUCCAUUUAUUUUUGUAUCUAAAAGUGGCAUAGCUUUUGUCCUGGCAAGCUUUUUACAAAAUGUUUAUUUCAGUAUUACACAAAUGUAACAACUGUACCAAAAAAUGGAGUUAAAUGUUAUCAGGUAUCAAUAGACCUCAAUAAAUAAUCAAUCAUUUGAAAUAUAAAAUAUUAAGGAGCCUCUCUAUCAUGAAAUAGUUGUAAUGCUCCUUGAAAAACAUAGAAUUUAAAUUUAAUGAGGAGCAAAAAUAUUGUUUUAAGACAAUGUGAGAUUCUAAAGUGAUUUUUUUUUUUCAUGCUAAAUGAUAUUAUUCAAGAUAGCCACCAUAUUGCUCCCUUCCAUUUAUAUGUAUUUAAGAUUAUUAAUAAAUGAACAGUACGGGUCAGGGUGACCUGGAGCUCAUUUAUUAAAUUACAUUUUCUAAAUGACCUAAUUCAUCAACAGGUGUUGACAGAGCAGACUUCAAAUGAUUGGACUUGCAUUGGUGACAUCAACCGAAUGGCAAGUCAAUUUAAAAGAGGUGGCGGAACAAUGUGUUUACAAAAUCCUAAUGUGUGGUCAGCUUUUAGAAAGUCUGUUGCAGUCUACGAAAAAUGUCAAAGUUAAAUGCUUGGUUUCACUUUCCUUCAUAAACGUUCAGGUGUUUUAUUUAAACCUAACUUGAAGGCAAAUAUUUUGAAAUGGUCUUUAAAUUUAAAUGACAAAACCUUUCUAAUCUAAUUCUAAAAUGAUGUUAUGUGAGCUGUACAUUUUCCAUAAUCCACUUUCCUUCAUACUCAUAGAUGUUUUAUCUAAAUUAAUGCACAUUUUGAAAUGGCCUUUGAGUGAUAAAGCCUUUCCAUCUAAUUCUAUGAUGCUGUAUUUUUAUCUUUCUCAGUAUUAAACAUUUUUUUUAGAAGGCAUACUGUUUCAUUCAUCUCUUGCAGUUUCUCUUGCAGUUUUAAUUUUACUAGAUUCCUACUAUUGAAUUCUUUUAAAAUAGCCAAAAAAAUGACUAGGAAGCCACUUCAACUGGCAUUUUCAGCUAACCAGGAAGCUACUUCAACUAGCUAAAUUGUGUAGUACUGAGAUAAAACUUUAAUACAGCUCUAAUUAUAUUAUAAUUUUCAUAAGUCUGAAGUAGUGUAUAUUAUUAAGAAUGUAUAAUUAAUUUGUCCUGAAUUUAGAGUAUUUAGGGAUCUAAAAAUUGUAAAUUCAUAAUUAAAUUUGUAGAAACUUGAUCCUUCAAUUUACCUGUACACAAUUCCCCCAAACAAAACAAAAAUUCUUUAAAAAUCCUUUUGAUAAUCAACUGCCAGACAUAGUUUGACAAUUUUGCCAUAAUGCAUUAGAUUUAGAUUUUGUAUAGAGGGUUGGAUGAAUACUAAGUAUAACUCAGUAGGUUGAAGUUAUAGCCAAGUAAUUUAACUACAAUGUCAAAGUUAUAUUUUACUUUUUUUUUAAAAGUUCAUCAAUUUAAUCCUGUAACUAAGUAAAAUUGCAUACUUCAUGUACCCUGUCAAGUUUAACUGUUCCAUAAACCAUUUUCAAAAAGUGUGAUGUCAUGAAUUUAGGAAUGAUCAAGUUUAUUUCAUCAUUGCAUUCAAAUUUAUUUUUCAAAUGAGGGCAUUCAGUGCUGGAGCCUUUUCAAAUGGUUUACAAUUUUCAAUAAUUAUAUUUCAAGUAUUUUGUGUGUAUAUAUAUUUUCAGAGACUUUACACUUUUUAUAUUAUGAAAUAAAAGUUUAAUUUCUAUUUGGCAUUUCAUUUUUGUAUAAUUAGUUCCUGUUCUGUUUUACAAACAUUCUUGAUUCCUUUCUCACCCUUUCUCCCCCAAUCUCAAAUUGAAAAAAAUAUGUUAAAAGAUGUCAAAAUGCUAAUAUGUAUCAUGAACAUAUUAUCAAUAUG